AAGCUAACAUGUCAAUCAGAAGGGUAUGGUUUUGUUGAGUUUCUUACACGAGCUGCAGCUGAAGAGGUUCUUCAGAACUUUAACGGUUCAGUAAUGCCAAACUCCGAGCAGCUCUUCCGUCUAAACUGGGCAUCUUUUAGCACUGGUGAGAAGAGAGCAGUUGAGAAUGGUCCAGAGCUAUCUAUAUUUGUUGGAGAUUUGUCUCCGGAUGUGACUGACACUUUACUGCAAGAGCUCUUUGUUGAGAGAUAUCCAUCUGUCAAGAGCGCUAAAGUUGUGAUCGAUUCCAACACCGGCCGGUCCAAAGGUUACGGUUUCGUUAGGUUUGGUGAUGAAAGUGAGAGGUCAAGGGCUUUGACUGAAAUGAAUGGAGCUUAUUGUUCCAACAGGCAAAUGCGUGUUGGU